AUUUCUACUUUAGUUUUAGCCUUGUGACGGUGUAAGAUAACGACAGAGAUAAGACAAAAAUCUGAACUGAAAAGACGCAUCUAAGAUUGUCACCAUGUCAUCCAGAUUUACUGUUACCAACAAGAAAGCAGCGUUACACGUGCCAUCGUUGGAGGAGGCAGCAAAGGUGUUGGAAGAUGGCCUGAAGAGAAAUUUUGCAAAUGUUUCUGUCAGUGUUGUUGACUGUCCUGAUUUAACCCAAAAGCCCUUUAAUUUGGCUUCACCAGGUAUAUGCGGAAGUGAACGAUUAGCUGAUAUUGGGGGACCUCCAUAUCUUGCACCUCUACCACAGAAAGAUAAAGUAUAUGAUGUAGGUAAAGUAGCAGAAGCUGUAGGAUUACCAGGAGCUUUUGUUAUUGGUGCAGGAGCAGGACCAUGGGAAGUUGUUGGUGUCAAUUCUGAGUUAAUAUGUGAUGUGAAGUUAGAUGUGAAUGGAAAUCAAGAUCCUGUCAAGAAAUCUUAUAUAGCUAAACUUGGUGAUCAGUUAACAGAUUAUAAACUUGAGAAAUUGCCCAACUCUACAGAAUUCUGUUUGAUGGCUAAUUUACUCUGUUCAGAAGGGAAAUCUGGAAAGGUAUUGGAGGUAAAAGCUAGUAAAAGAACAGGACAAGAGAAUUUUAUGUCAUCAAUGAGGAAAACACUAGAUGAACAUUAUAACGAUAAAGCUGUUGGAUUAGGAGGAGUAUUUCUUAUAGAAUCUGGAAAGGCAACUCUACAUAUUAUGCAGCCAGACUUCUCUGAUCGUCCAUUAAAAGAGGGUGGAGACAUAGAUAACUGGUUACAGUAUUUUGAUAUGGAUGCACCAUUGGUCUGUUUAGGAGAACUUGUAUCCCAUGAUGUGAAUCUGGAUUUACGACUGGAACACUUCCAUUGUUUUAGUGAUCACGGUCAAGGUGGUCAUUAUCAUUAUGAUACAACCCCAGACACUGUGUCAUAUAGAGGUUAUUUCACGAUACCUGAUGCAGUUUACAGAUUAGAUCAACCUCAGUAAUUUAAUAUCCUCACCGUGUUUUUAUAAUUAAACAAUCAGUAUAUAUUGUUAAACAAGUGAUUUAAGAUCGAUUAAGAAUAAUAACUAUAUUUAAUAAGAAAGGUGCUGAUUUCAAUGAUUUUUUUUUCCAAAUUUAUUUGAUAUUUAAAAGAGUUUUUUUUUAUUUGUUCCUAUCAACAGAUUAUUAUAUGAAUAUAUAUACCAGUAGUCUGAUACUUGAUAUUGCACAUCCAUGUAUAUAUAUAACGAAUAUACUGGUAUUUGAUAACGCACAUUCACAAUCAUUUUAAACUGAAGUGUUGAAUCUAAAUCAUUUAUCUGAUCUUAAAACAACAGAAGGGAAAAGUCCAUUAUCUGUGGUAUCACCCUUGAUGGAUGUGAACGUUAAGCCCCAUGAACGAACAGGAAAAAUCCUACUAUGUAUUAACUCAAUAUCUUUUAGGUGUAAAUGGUCAAUGAUUAAGGAAAUGAAAUGAAAUGGAGUUUAACGUCCUACUUUUCUGCUCCUAACCUGGGCUAAUAAAGACGGGCAUACGCCAUACAGUGUCAGUGAUUAAGGCACCGGCUUGCUAACCUAGAGGUCCCGGGUUCAAUCCCGGUAUUGGUCAAGUUGUCAAUGGUGCAGAACUAAGGGCCUGGCUAGGAACAUUGGCUAGUCAUUUGAAAAACCGAGGCAUGACAGUUGGAACACGUGAUGGAACAGAAAAGUCCAUGAAAGAUGUGAAAUCCCAUUUCAGUUCCAUUCAGUUUAUUAGGGGUAAAAGAUUAUUGAGUCAUUAAAGAUUUUAUAUUAGUUGCUUAUUAUAAAUAUGUUU